AUGCUGUCGAAACAAAAUAGCCGGAAGAAGGGCUCUGGCCCAUCAGGCAAUGGAAGGAAGCUCCUAACCGACCUCGAGACCAUGAGCAGCGCCUUUUACGCCCCAUCGAGGCUCACCAGCUCAACCGCCAGUAGCCGGUCCAAGUCAGUCAGCAAAAUUCCUGCCCAAGUACCCAAAAAAAAGCCGGACGACCCCAAGCCUCGGGCCAAACCCCCGCUCGACCAGGACAAGAAGCCCUCCAUCUGGAGCUGGAAAGGCCUCCGGGCCCUGACCCAAGCCCGCCACCGCAGGUUUAACUGCACCUUCUCCCUCACGGUCCACUCGGUCGUGGGCCUGCCACUCUCCCUUGAGGGCUCCUGCCUUGUGGUCCACUGGAGGAGGAGGGAUGCUGACUGGCCCACACGGCCCGCAAGGGUCUCCCGCGGGUCGGCCGCGUUCGGGGAUGAGCGCCUCACCCACUCAUGUUCCGUGUAUGGGAGUAGGAGUGGACCCCACAACUCGGCAAAGUACGAGGCCCAACACUUUCUGCUCAACGUCUCGAUUCUUGGUUCACCUGGGGUUGACUUAGGGAGGCACCGGGUGGACCUGACGAGGCUGCUCCCCCUCAAGCUAGAGGAGCUCGAGGAGGAGGAUAAGUGCUCAGGAAAGUGGACGACCAGUUUUAGGCUGUCGGGCAGGGCGAGUGGGGCCACGGUGAACGUCAGUUUCGGGUAUGACAUGGCUGAAAAUGUGUUCUGUGGUGAACAGUCGGGAAAAAUGGAUGACGGGUCGGAGGACGUGAAGGACCUUCACGAGGUUUUGCCGGUGAUCAGCUCGGAGCUUUGUGACUCGGUGAAUGUGCUGUACCAGAAACUGGAUGAGGAGGCAUGUAAUGAUUCGGUUGGGAAUAAAGUGGAAGAUGAUUGUUUGGUAUCUUCGUCCUUUGACCGACAUGGUGUGGAAUUAUUAUUAGCAGCAAAUGAUGAUGGCAAUCGAGCUUGCAGAAAUGAAUGUGAAAUAGAUGAAUUUUCUGUUAUAGACAAAGGUACAGUGGAGUCGACUGAAGAAAAUGUGAUACAUGAAGACGAAUCACGUGGAGAUGGUCUAGAAGCUGACUUGGCUAUUAAGGUGGCUCCUGAUGAGGAGGGCUCCCCUCGUGCCUCGGGUGCCCUUCAAAAUGAUGAGCAACUGGAAAACAUCUGUAAUAUUGAAAAGUGUGAGCAAGCUGAAGUUUUCUCCAAGGAAUCACUCAUGAAAGACCUGGAAGCGGCUCUAAGUUGUGCCACGGACUUGGCGAAUGAAGUAGAUUCUCAGGAUGACGAGACUGACGCCAUGAAUGCUAAAAGUUAUGUAGAUGGUGAAUCUGACUAUGGAGAUUGUAAAAUGGGAAAAUCGCCGAGUUUGGAUGAUGUCACUGAGGCUGUGGCCAAUGAUUUCCUGGAGAUGCUGGGCAUAGAGCAUGAUGACCCAAUUAUCUCAGAACCUGAAUGCGAGCCCGAGUCCCCAAGAGAGCGCCUUCUUAGGGAAUUCGAGAUGGAUUCUCUUGCCAAUGGAGGUUUAUUAAAUUUUCUUGAUUUCGAAAGUUCGUCAUUGUUCGAAGAUUCUGUGCACAUGCCUAACACCAAGACGGAUGCAUUCGGGACUAAACCGAGUGCCUCGAUGAUGGAGGAUCUGGAGACUGAGGCCUUGAUGCGCGAGUGGGGCCUGGAUGAGCACACUUUCCAACACUCGCCACCCGGGGGUUCAAGCAGUUUUGGAAGCCCGAUCCACGUGGAUCUUCCCGAGGAUACUCAGCCUCUGCCCCCACUUGCAGAGGGUGUCGGCCCCUUUGUGCGAACGGAAAACGGAGGGUUUGUGCGGUCCAUGAGCCCCGCGCUUUUUGAGAACUCGAAAAACGGGGGGAGCUUGAUCAUGCAGGUGUCGAGCCCUGUGGUGGUGCCUGCUGAGAUGGGUUCGGGCGUGAUGGACAUACUUCAGGGCCUGGCCUCUGUUGGGAUUGAGAAGCUUUCCGUGCAGGCUAAUAAGUUGAUGCCAUUGGAGGACAUAACUGGGAAGACGAUCGAGCAAAUUGCAUGGCAAAGUGCUCAGAGUCUGGAGGGACCAAGGAGGCAAGAUUUACAGCCGAAUGAGUUUGGAAUUUCAAAAAAUGCGCGUAAUGAGCGGAAGGGCGCAAACGGAAAAUCCCAUGUUCCUAAUUCGAGCAAGUCCCACUGUAAUCCGACUAGCAGUGACUCGGAGUAUGUAUCUUUGGAAGACCUAGCUCCCCUAGCCAUGGAUAAAAUCGAAGCCCUAUCGAUCGAGGGCCUCAGAAUACAAUCCGGCAUGUCUGACCAAGGCUCGGCUCCCAACAUCACUACCCAGUCGAUCGGCGAAUUCUCGGCCCUCAAGGGAAAGACUGCGGGCGUAGACGGGCCAAUCGGUCUUGAUGGCACAUGUGGACUGCAGCUAAUGGACAUCAAGGACGACGGCCAGGCCCAAGAAGGCGGCCCGGAUGGGCUGAUGGGCCUCUCCCUGACCCUCGACGAGUGGAUGAAGCUCGAUUCCGGAGAAAUCGACGAGAAUGAGCUCGCAAGCGAGCGGACGUCCAAGAUAUUGGCGGCCCACCACGCCACGUCACUCGAAGCCUUCAGGGGGAGGUCAAGGGGGGACAAAAGGCGUGGCAGGGCCCGCAAGUACGGUUUACUGGGCAAUAAUUUCACAGUUGCUCUAAUGGUGCAGCUUCGUGACCCCUUGAGGAACUACGAGGCGGUGGGUGCCCCUAUGCUCGCGCUCGUUCAGGUCGAGAGGGUCUUUGUGCCGCCUAAGCCGAAAAUCCACGGCACAGUUUGCAUGGUGAGGGACUCUGUGGAGAAAGAAGAUGAUGAUGAAAAUGUAGUUGAGAAGCUGAAAGAUGAGGUUCGAGAAGAGGAAGUGAUCCCGGAAUAUAAAAUAACAGAGGUUAGCGUGGCUGGGCUGAAGGCAGAAGAAGGUAGUAAAAGGAAGUUGUGGGGUUCUUCUGUCAACCAGCAGCAGACCGGUUCACGCUGGUUGCUUGCGAAUGGAAUGGGAAAGAAGAAUAGCAAGACUCAACCGAUGAAGUCGAAAUCUUCUGGUGAUGCUUUGUGGAGCAUAUCUUGUCGUGCGCGUAAAUCGCUUAAAUGA